AUGGGUGAGCUAUCUUCUGCUUUUAGGUGUACGAUUAUUGAUAUUCUUAUCCAGGCUGUAGCUGCCAUUCUAAUCGCUACCAAGAGACCCAGAACAUGUUCGAUUUCGAUGCUUGCGUACUAUAUCCUGACUUUUGCAAUUGAACUCUCAUUGGCUACUAAUCCUAAUCUGCGCCUCAAGUUCAAGAUUGUUGCUCAUUACCUUGCCGCAGCUUCCUCGGCAGCGGCUUGCGUGACGAUCCUGCUCAUGCCGUUUCGGGAGCCUUCUUUGUCGUCAAUUGAUGUCAGUGCUGUCGGCCAACAGCCAUCUAGUGACUUCCGCACACCGGAGGAUGAUCUGAAGCUUUGGCAAUUCCUCACAGUGUCCUGGAUGGCUCCACUCAUUUCUACUGGAUGCAAAAGACAACUACAUGAAUGUGAUGUCUGGCUACUUGGGUUUGAGUUUCAGCAUCGACGGCUACAUGAGAAAUUCCGUCAGCUCCGGGGGUCUGUCCUCGGUCGACUAUUACGGGCCAACGGAAUUGAUAUUUUCAUCAUCUCUACUAUUUCGAUUGUUGAUACCUUUUGCAGUGAGCGAAAUGAAUUUCUCCCCCUUUUUCUAGCACUUACGAUAUGCGCAGAAUUCUCUAUCCCAGUGUUGCUGCAACAACUGCUGCAGGCCAUGCAGGACCCAACCCGACCAAAGCGUGCAGCUUUAACUUUUGCCUUUCUAUCAUUCGCACUGAGACUAAUCGCUGCCCAGGCUCAAGUCCUUUUGAUUUGGUAUGGCCGAAGGUCCUAUGAAAGGUCGAGGGGUGAGAUGAUCAUGAUGGUCUAUGAAAAAGCCCUUUCAAGAAAAAACAUCCUUGGGAUUGUGAUCGAGAGUACUCCGGAACCAGCCAGCGAGGGUCUUCAUAGCGUUAAUAACGAGACUGAAAUCCAAGAAGAUCAACCACCCUCAACCAAAGCUGUUGAAAGCUUCUGGCGCCGCAUCGUCUCCCGAAGACAGAAUGUCCCGAAGGAAAAUGCCAAAGAAGCAGCAUCACUUGGCAAAAUUUUCAAUCUCCUACGAGGAGAUGUUUAUGAAGUGGCACAGAGAUUCUGGGAGGUCGACUCGUUGAUCGACAAGCCACUGGGGCUUGUCAUUGCUACCGUUCUUGUUUGGACACUCUUCGGACCAUCCUGUUUCCUGGGAAUAGUUACUUUCCUGGCUGCACAGGCCGUCAACGCAAUGAUUACCAGAAUUCUUCUUCGGUGGGAACGCGUUAGACGAAAGGCCACCGAUGCUAGGCUUCAAAUCACUUCACAGUUCAUCGAAGCAAUCCGCCAUUUACGGUGGUAUGGAUGGCACAACCAUUGGCUUGCGCAGGUGAUGGAGGCUCGUCAGCAUGAGUUAAACAUUCGGAUUCUGACCAGUCUGUGGAAUAUCUUAAUCAUUUUUGUCAAUAAUUUUGCCGGUAACGCAUUCCCAGUGGUUGCAUUGUACGCUUAUACCUUCCUGGCUGGACAUGAGCUCCGGAUUGAUGUGAUUUUCCCUGCAUUACAGCUGUUCUGGAUGCUAGAAAGCCGCCUGAGAGAAAUCCCUGGUCUGAUAACUUCGCUUAUCAAUGCUUACAUCGCUCUUGGCCGCAUUGAGGAUUUCAUGUCUGAGCCAGAUAAGGAUAUUAUACCUUCUGAGGCGUCGGAGAGUGAACUCUCGAUUUGGAUGGAGUCUUGCUCAUUUGCAUGGCCUGGAAAGGUCACGCCUGUCCUUGUUGAUAUUGACGUCAACAUCCCGAAGGGACUGACUGUUGUCACUGGUAAGGUCGGCACAGGAAAGACUGCAUUCCUACAAGCUCUCCUGGGUGAGCUCGAUCGAGUCGCUGGCUCAUUGCAAAUUCCGAAUGAAAUGAUGGGAUAUUGUGCGCAGACACCAUGGUUGCAAAGUAUGAGUAUCCGCGAGAAUAUUAUUUUUUCUGCGCCUUACCACGAAAAGCGAUACAAGCAAACAUUGGACGCAUGUGGCCUACUUCCAGAUCUCUCCCAGUUCAAGCAUGGUGAUUUAUCUUCUGUCGGCGAAAACGGGAUCGGUCUGUCUGGUGGGCAAAAGGCGCGAGUCGCUUUAGCAAGAGCUGUUUACAGUGCAUCCCGAGUUCUGCUCCUAGAUGACCCUUUGUCUGCGCUGGAUCAUAACACUGCUGAAUCAGUGGUUCGCAAAUGCUUCUCGGGGCCUUUGAUGAAGGAUAGAACCGUUGUCCUUGCCACGCACCGAACAGCAUUGGUGCGCCAACUUGCAGAUCAAAUCAUCGACAUCUCAGAAAGACAUGCUAUUGUCUAUGACAAGAGCGUAAUCAAACUUGAUUGGACUGAAUCAUCCUCGCACUUCUCCGGCAACGAAGAAGAAGUAGAGGUGGAAACUACCCCUGAAGCAGAGACAGCUGCCAUCCCUGAUAAAUUUGUCGAAGACGAGUAUCGCGAAGAGGGCGGGGUCAAGGCUAUAGUCUAUUGGAACUACAUUAAGGCCGGAAAGUAUCGGUGGUGGCUUACUCUCGUCGUUGUUUUGACGACCUGGCGGCUGUUGGUCGUUGGGCAGUCAUGGUUCCUCAAAGAAUGGGGAGAAGCAUAUGAGCAGACAACGGUGGUUGGAGGAAGUGUGGCGCAAUUGAGUGACACCCGGUCGCAGACCAUCUGGCCACUAUCGACAUCCAGCAUAGACGCAUAUUUGAUGCCCCCAAACCCGAUAGACCAACUGCCAUCUCCGCGCGAGGAUGUUCGGCCUUGGCUAUGGACAUUCUUUGCAAUUAGAUCGCUUCGAGCCACGACAGUCCUUGCCUGGCAGUUAUUGAUUCUGGUUAUUGUUUAUUGUGCUGGGCAGUCGCUGUUCCGGCAAGCCCUGGUUAGGGUCAGCCAUGCUACCUUCCGAUAUUUGGAUACCAUUCCCCUAGGGCGUUUGAUGAACCGUCUCACGUCCGAUAUUGGAGUAGUUGAUGGGAAUAUCAAUGAGCAAUUCCAGAUCAUCGCAUUGCAGGCCAUCGUUUGUAUAUCUUCUGUGCUGGUAAUUGCCACCGCUACUCCGGGGUUUCUCUUGUUUUCCCUGGUCCUCGCGGUAGCCUUUGUCAUUACAUUCCGCCGCUUCCUCCCUACAUCGCAAAGUCUACGACGGCUCGAAAUGGUGUCCCUUAGUCCCUUGUUGUCUAACUUCGGCGAGUUACUGCACGGUUUGACUACAGUCCGAGCAUUCCGUGCGGAAUCCCGUUUCCAAAGCCGAGUCAUAUCGGUGGUUGAUAAGUUCCAGGGAAUGGACCAUUUCUACUGGUCACUCCAGAGCUGGCUCAUGUACCGAUUCGAGAGCUUGUCUGCGCUCUCUACUUUCUGUCUAACAGCUUUGGCUCUAUACAGCAACAUCACACCAGGACUCGUAGCCUUUGUGCUAAUUGCUGCCAACGAAUUAGUCGAGUCGAUCCAUGCCCUGUGCAAGCAGUACGGUCAACUCCAGAUGGACUUCGUCUCAGUAGAACGAGUCGACGAACUUAUCCAGAUCGAAGAAGAAACACCUGGAACCAUCGAUCCCCCAGCCGCAUGGCCUAGCUACGGUAGUGACAUUAUCUUCGAGGACGCGACUCUCCGCUACGCACCGCAUCUCGACCCUUCGCUCAUGAACAUAUCACUCCGUAUCCCCGGUGGUUCAACCACAGCAGUCACCGGCCGCACAGGCAGCGGUAAAUCUACACUGGCAAUGUCGUUACUAAGCAUCAUCCGACCAGAGUCCGGUCGCAUCCUAAUCGACGGUAUCAACAUCGCCGACGUGAACACGCAGGCUCUCCGCACGCGAGUCACCUUUGUCGCACAGGACCCCGUCCUUUUCCCGGGUAGCAUCCGAUUGAACCUCGAUCCGACAGAGGAAUACUCACAUGAGCAGUGCACAGAGGUGUUGGACCGUCUGUGCAGUCGGCAUGGGUGGCAUCUCGGGACGAACAUUGAAGCUGGGGGAAGAAAUCUUAGCCAGGGUCAACGACAACUCAUCGCACUUACCCGAGCUGUUCUUCGGCGUAGCGCUAUUGUCAUUCUCGACGAGGCGACUGCUUCCGUUGAUCACGAGACUUCGCUCGAGAUCCAGCAGAUCAUCAGGGAGGAGUUGGAGCAGUCCACGGUGAUUACUAUUGCGCAUCGCAUCGAGGCUGUCAAGGAUGCGGAUUACUUUGUUGUUCUGGAUCAGGGGCGGGUUUCGCGAGAAGGAAAUGUACGGGACUUGUAG